AGUCGCGCCCGCGAGUGCGUGGGUGUAGCGUCUCUAAGAGCGGACCGUGUAUCCCUCCGCGGAGUCAGCGGGGCAGGACGGCAGCCGUGUGGCCUGGCUCAGGCUCGUACACGCAUCACCUGCCGUCAGGGACCUUGGCAUCGCCACUGUACACGCGUCGCUCUUGAAUCACAAGCGCAGGUCCGUCAGUCGAAGACGAGAUCGUUUAGAGAGAGAGAGAGAGAGAGAGAGAGAGAGGUGUUCCGCUCCACAGACGCGAAAACAGCCGGCGCUGCCCGCUGAUUGGCAGAGCGAAGCGCGUCACGACGGAGGGACAGGAAAUGACUAUCGGCGAGGGGGAAGGGUAGUCGAGGGGAGGGAGGGGGAAGCAGUGGUGGUAGACAUGACCCGCUGGUUCCCGGAGGUGGUUUAGGUCGCGUGUCGGAAGGCGGGAGACCCUCCUAGGGGCGUCAUGAGCCCGGCAGCGCGCGACUGCGCGACGGAGACCAGACUGUCGCGUGGUCCGAGGGUCACUCCGAGCUUGUGAAGUCGCGGAGGAGCGUCCACCAGCGGCGAUGGCCAACGCGACCGAAGACGCCUCGCUGGCGACCCAGAGGUUCCUGGACGGCUCGCUCGAGGAAGACGCCUACUACGCCGUCAACGGGUCCAACUGCACCAACGACUACUGCGUCUCCGACGAGGACUACAUCGUGAUGAUCGAGGAGCACAUCUUCCCGACGCGCUACGAGUGGGCGCUGGUGGCCAUGCACUGCCUGGUGUUCGCGGUGGGGCUGGUGGGCAACGCGCUGGUGACCGCCGCCGUGUACCGCAACCACGCCAUGCGCACCGUCACCAACUACUUCAUCGUGAACCUCGCCGUCGCCGACUUCAUGGUCAUCCUGUUCUGCCUGCCGCCGUCCGUGGUGUGGGACGUGACGGAGACCUGGUUCAUGGGCACGGCGCUCUGCAAGGUGGUGCUCUACUUCCAGACAGUGUCGGUGGCCGUGUCUGUGCUGACCUUGACCUUCAUCUCGGUGGACCGCUGGUACGCCAUCUGCUUCCCCCUGCAGUUCCGCUCCACCACCAAGCGCGCCAAGGUCGCCAUCUUUGUCAUCUGGCUGCUGGCGCUCUCCUUCGACGUGCCGGAGCUGGUCGUGCUGAAGACGCAGCGCAGGCUCGAGCUGCGGGUGGACACGGUCUACCUGACGCAGUGCGUCUCCUCGUGGUCCGAGCAGUCAGACAUGACCUUCCACGCCGUCAAGGCGCUGCUGCUGUACACGCUGCCCCUGCUCUUCAUGGCCGUGGCCUACUGCCAGAUCGUGCGGGUGCUGUGGAGCUCCGACAACAUCCCGGGCCACCUGGAGACCGUCAACCACCGCCUGGCGCCCUACGACUCCUCGGCACUGAACUCGAGCAGGCGGCAGAACCUCAACUCGAACGCCAACGCGACGACCGAGUGCCAGCUGAGGUCCAGGCGUAAAGCGGCCAAAAUGCUGGUCGCCGUCGUCAUCAUGUUCGCCGUCUGCUACUUCCCGGUCCACCUGCUCAACAUCCUCAGGUACACAGUCAGCAUCCCGCAGACCGACGUCACCACCGCCAUCGCCAGCCUGUCGCACUGGCUGUGCUACGCCAACUCCGCCGUCAACCCCGUCAUCUACAACUUCAUGAGCGGCAAGUUCCGGCGCGAGUUCAAGCGGACCAUCCUGCAGUGCGCCAGCACCAGCUCGGUGCGGCACAGCUACCGCGCCACCGUGGCCAGCGACUACCCGCUCACCAGCACCACGGGCACCGUGCUGCGCCGGGCAGACUGACACCGGCACCGCCGGGUCACGUGGGCGACCCGCGAGUCCCUGGUGUGCCCCAAGAUCGAGCUGGCCACCAUCCGCUUCAACUACUAGGGUGCCCGUCACCCGCCAAGACCAGCUGCCAACUGACAUGACGUACCUACCAGCAGCAGGGCCAAACCUAGCUACCUGUCUACUGUGCCCGUCAUCCACCAGAGUCGAGAGACACUGCCCGCCUGACUAUCUGCCAACUGACAUGGGGAGGUCAUCUCUUCAGUGUGCUCCGAGAUCAGACCACAAUAACACACCUACCAUGACCAGGGCCAAAACUUUCAUGGGUCGCCGCGCUAGCUACCUGUCUACUGCAACCUUCUUUGCGUAUCCCCCAAAAUAGACAUGAGCAUGGGUCGAUCAUCAACCACCAGUAACUCUCUCUUUUUUUCAUCUGGUUGAUUCACUGGUCAUCAGUCAGCCCCAAAAUAUCGAGCGAGUCUGUUGUCUGCAUUAACUGCUCUGACUGGGUCUAAACUGGCAAGGUCUUUCCACUUACCCUCUCAUUCGUAUCGUUCCACAAGAGAAAUAUAGUCAGCGUUCACUUCAACUAGGAACCCGGCAGUAGCGGAUCCAGAGGGGGGCUAAGGGGCUCAAGCCCCCUCCAAAAGCAUCUGGGUCCACUAUUGUUUUAGUGUUUGCGUUGAUAAAGCCUAGCCUCAGCUGGGUCAAGCCCCUCCCAAACCAAAAUCCUGGAUCCGCCACUGGAACCCGGUAAGAAGAACCGCUUCCAUAAACUCCACUGAAUCACGUGAGCCGAGUUGGUGCCAAGACCUGGCUUGAACUGCUCAAGCCCAUGGACUGCGCAAUCGAAUACUUAUUCACGUAAACUGUCUGCCAAGACCAUUGGGUUUCCCAAGGUCAAGCAACCUUCAACUACUGCCUGUGAGGUGAUGGAGGGAGGGGGGGGGUUGUGUUCCAACCUGUAAACUUCCAACUGACAUGGGGUCUCACCUUGUCCCAAGAUCUAGUUAGCCUUCAUUCUUUCCAACUACUAAGAGCGAAGCAAGAACAGACAAAGUGUAUUCACUCAACACCAUACUUAUUUUGGGGAUCAGGUAAGACCUUUUUUUUAGCAUCAAAGACCUAACUAAACAUUAUUUUCUGUAACGUCUAAGAUUAAGAUUAAAAUUUACUUUGCUGCCAUAUCUGUUACUUCAGACAGCAUAGAUUAAGUAGGAUUGCGGUCGUGAAAGACAAAGGCUGCCCUGUGGCUGUCAUGUAGAUCAUCUACAAGUUCAGUCUACUCUAAGAUUAAGCUACACAUAUCUGAAUUAACUGCUAGGAAAUGGGGUCAGCAGAGGAGUGAAUCUCUUCAUCUACCACCAUCGGCGUCCGGACACACACGGGGACUGCUCAGCUGAGGACAUGUGGAGAGAGCAUGUGUGAUUCGGGUUGCUCUCUCAGCUCAUUGGCUACGUCGUUAUGCCAUACCAACAGCUCACGAUCUCCGAGUGUUUCUGCCCAGAUCGUCAGUCACCCCGUGUUGGCGAUGCCGCGAACAACUGACUAACUCUCGGGGUCUCAGCGGGUCUUUUGGACCCUCCAUGCCACUCCUAUUCGCAAUUAGAAGUACUUUGAAUAUAACUUACCUCGAGCAGUAAUCUUGUACUUGUCAAGAUUUACUUAUUUGCCGAUGUAAAAUGGAUGUUGUAAAGGUUUUUUUUUAUUUUUUUCUUUACAAUGGUAAAUCUAAACGUGUAUUCGAACAAUUUCUGCCAAUUUGGUGUUAACCUAUGUGAAAAUGUUUUCACCACCACUGUUCAAUUCAAGGUGAAUUGUUUUUUUCAAGUAAAAUUUAUGUUAUAAAUACCUAUAUUUACAGGGUUUUAUUUUCAAUAUAUAUUUGGUUUAGAGAAAUAUUAAUGAACAAAAUGAAUUAUUAUUACUGAUUUACGUUUAUUUUAUAAUUGAAUUAAAUUGUUCCAUGCAUUUUUGAUUUUAUAUUUUUGUUGACAAAAUAAAUUUUAUAACUACAGCGGCCUGUAAAAAAACACAUAAAUAGUUUCAAACAUUCUAUAAUAACUUUGUAUGAAUCCUUAAAUUGGAAUGCGGCGGGAUAAGGCGGGAUGUCCACAAAAUCACGGUAUUUGGUUGAAUCGCUGCUCCUGAAUAACCACUAAGACCACAUCCCCACCGCUUCCCUCAGCAAUGACUGUCUCCUUGAGAACAAUGUUUCAUCCCCUGUUUAUAAAACUUGCACUCUAAUUAUAUCGAUUACUAUCUAUCGUUCAGUGAAAUAACGGGGAAAAUAUGUAGUGUAAAAUAAUCAUGUGUAUCAAGUAGAAGAAAAAAAAUACCUUCAAUGAUGGAAUAAAAUAAUAUUUUUGUAAAUCUUUUAAUGGAAAAAUUUUACAGACCAUUUUAAAUUUCAAAAACUUCACCCCAUUCACAUUACUUCGUUAAACACACUAUUUCCUGUUUAUUUAAUAAGUAAUCUAAACAAUGUUCAAAGUGAGCAUGUACAAUUUUAUUGAAGAGCUAGACGUUUCAAAUGUAAAGUUAAUUUAUUUUUUUAUUGGAUGUGUAAAUGUUUGUAACUACUUACUGAUAAAGUUUCGAACCUAACUUCGUAUAAUCAUUCAAAUUGUAAAUGUUACAGAUUUAUAAAAUUAUGUGUGAUUUGUUCAAUGACAAUAACAAUUUUCAUGUGGUGUAAAAAGUGCAAGAAGAAGUAACCAUGUUUCAAAAAAUUCCUAACUGUGGAUUUUAUUCAAAUUUGUUUCCUUUCGUGUCAAAAUGGAAGCAACUAGUUUUCAUUCUCCAGAGAGCUUACCUAAACUAACAUAUGCGUUGUGAAAAUCAAGUAACGUUUUAAAAAUGAGACUGUAAAUUUGUGAAAAUUUUACACUGUGCAAAGAAUAUCGAACUACGACAAUUUAAGUUUGUAUGUAUGAUUUCUCUGUGGAUAAAAGUGGAAGUAAAUACAAAAUUUUCUACCACAA